ACAUGUGGAACAGAUGCUGCCUUGCAAUGGUACACAUCUCUUUAGCACCUCAUUUCCUGCUCCUUGCAUUGAAGCAUGGAGGGAAAGAGCCAUGCGCUUGGUGACUUCCGCAUGCUCUCCUGGGCUGCAUUGCAAACUGGGGAUAAAAUGAAGCCUAAUCCGGAGAAGACGGAGAGUGAGGAUACCCUCCUGUCUGAAGACGAAAGCCCACCAGCAGCAAUGUCCAGGAAUGGGUACUUCUUUGAAGAAACAGGUUACCUUAAAUGCGAUACAGACGAUGGCUGCGAGAACAAAGAAGAGGUAGGAGGAGAAGAGCUCUUUGACACCGUCAAUUCCUCCAUCGUCUCUGGGGACAGCAUCAGGUUCUUUGUGAAUGUCAACUUGGACGUGCCACAGAAUGUUACAGCAGAAAGCGAAAGCACUGGCUGCGUUUUAUUACACACAUCGAGAAAAUACCUAAAAUUAAAGAAUUUUGAGGAGGAAGUCCGAGCCCAUCGGGACCUCGAUGGAUUCCUGGCCAGAGCCAGUAUCAUCCUAGAUGAGACGGCAACCUCUCUGGACGAUGUCUUGCGGGAGAUGUUGAAACACUUUGCCGAAGACUCUGACAACGCAGAGCCAAGCUGCAACUUUGACAAAAUCAUGAGCACUUUAUUCACUGAUUCAGGAACCCCCAGAGAAGGGAACGUUCACCUCUUGUCAGAUACAAUUCAGGGUGUCACAGCAACAGUCACUGGAGUACAGUAUCAGCAGUCCUGGCUUUGUAUCAUUUGCACUAUAAAAUCCCUCCAGCGCCGUCAUGUUUGCAUCAGCCGGCUGGAGAGGCCGCAGAACUGGGGGGAGAACUCCUGCGAAGUGCGAUUCGUCAUCUUGGUCCUUGCGCCUCCAAAAAUGAAAAGUACUAAAACCGCCACAGAAGUGGGACGGACGUUUGCCACCAUGUUCUCAGAUAUCACCUUCCGGCAGAAGCUUCUAGAAACCAAAACGGAAGAAGAGUUCAAAGAAGCCUUGGUCCACCAGCGUCAUCUCCUGACUGUAGUAAACCAGAGGCCCUCAGCGGUGACAGAUGGCCACAAAACACAUGGCCACAAGCCUCUCAAGCUCCACGAGUUCUUCAAUGUUGGCAAAGGAAUUUUUGAUGACAUUGCACGAAGAUUUCCAGUCUACGCUCUAGACUUCACUGAUGGCAUUAUUGGAAACAACAAAGCCAUAGGAAAGUACAUCACCACCAUGAUCUUUCUGUAUUUCGCCUGCCUUCUGCCAUCCAUCGCUUUUGGCUCCCUAAAUGAUGAAAACACGGAAGGAGUCAUUGAUGUGCAGAAAACCAUUGUGGGUCAGUGCAUUGGUGGGCUUCUUUAUGCUCUAUUCUCAGGCCAGCCACUGGUAGUGCUAUUAACAACAGCUCCUUUAGCACUCUACAUCAAUGUCAUCAAGGGCAUCUGUGAUGAUUACAACUUGCAGUUCAGUGCUUUCUACGCCUGGGUUGGACUCUGGAACAGCUUCUUCCUCGUACUCUACUCCCUCUUUAAUUUCAGUCUUGUAAUGAAGCUCUUUAAAAGAUCAACAGAAGAAAUCAUUGCACUUUUUAUCUCCAUUACCUUUGUGCUCGAUGCCCUUAAAGGUAUAACCAAAGUUUUUACACAUUACUACCAUGUCCCAAGACCUCACAGCGCACCCGUUGACAAUGGUACCCAUGCUUGGAACCUGUCAGUGGAGCGUUCGUCGUUGGGAAACCAGACGGAUGGGCCCCCCACCUCUAUGCCAUACGGGCGCGAGACAGCCGUUCUUAGCCUCAUGCUGAUGUUGGGGACCCUUUGGCUCGGCCACACACUGUAUCAGUUUAAGAAAAGCCCUUAUUUGCAUGCCAGAGUCCGUGAGAUCCUAUCCGACUGUGCCUUACCCAUUUCUGUCCUAACCUUCUCCGUUGUCGGCUCCUAUUUCUUCAAAGAAAUUAAAAUGUCUAAAUUUAACUACAACCAGUCAGAGAGCUUGUUCGAGUUGGCUCCCCUCCGGGAUCUGUCCAUGGGCUCAGUUGUGAGUGCCAUGGGCCUUGGAUUCCUCCUCUCCAUGCUUUUUUUCAUAGAGCAAAAUAUCGUGGCAUCUCUCACAAAUGCUCCAGAGAACAGGUUAGUGAAGGGCACAGCUUAUCACUGGGACCUCCUCCUCGUCGCUCUGAUCAACACAGGGCUGUCGGUAUUUGGGCUGCCAUGGAUCCACGCUGCCUUCCCUCAUUCGCCAAUGCAUGUCCGCGCUCUGGCCUAUGUAGAAGAGAGGGUCGAGAAUGGGCACAUCUAUGAGACGAUUGUGAGCGUGAAGGAGACCCGGCUGACGACUCUGGUGGCUAACUUCUUGGUGGGCCUUUCGCUGCUGCUCCUGCCCUUCCCACUGCAGCUGAUCCCAAAGCCGGUCCUCUAUGGGCUCUUCCUGUACAUCGCCUUGACCUCCAUCGAUGGGAACCAGCUUUUCGAAAGAGUGGCCCUUCUGUUGAAAGAGCAGACAGCGUAUCCUCCAACCCACUACAUCCGCCGGGUGCCCCAGCGAAAGAUCCACUACUUCACAGGCCUGCAGGUCCUCCAGCUCCUCAUUCUUUGUGGCUUUGGGAUGUCUCCCCUUCCCUACAUGAAGAUGAUUUUUCCCCUCAUCAUGAUCGGAAUGAUCCCCAUCAGGUAUAACUUGCUGCCCAGAAUCAUCGAAGCAAAAUACUUAGAUGCGAUGGACGCUGAGCAUUAGAGAAGGAGACCAGACCUCUGCCUUGGAGACAGUUGACAGCUUUAUUUGACCUAAAAGGGAGCUGUUGCUUCUCUACGUAACUCAUGGGAGUUGGUUUGUUGUUGAACUUCUGUGACUUUCAUACCUCUGCACUACUGCUCCAAGGCAUGUUGCCAGAGACCAACUAAGUGCCCAGGUUUUUGUGGUAGGGGUGGGGGGUUGGAUGGGGAAUGAGAAUGUUUGGUCCUCUAAACUAAGAGGCAAGCGAGCUUUAUGAAAAUCCCAAAGACGCAGGUUCGGAACUGCCACAUGCUCCUUUAUUUUAGGGGAAGACCUCCUUUUUUAUAGACCUUAUUGAUUCUGUUUCAAACCACUACCACCCCAGAACUGUGUUGCUCUGCAGAGGAAGAGUCAUCGGUCUUUUUUAUGUGACAGAAUGACAGUGCCAUGUUUGAGCUUUAUUGCAGUUUCCCCAGCUUUCAAUACCUUUAAGAUGACCUUGUAUUAAUGAACAGCCCCCUGUAGACUAGCUGGUGUCACAGAGUCUUUGGAGGAGAAGUAAAGAACCAACUAUCAUGUCGAACAUCCAGAAGAUGGGGUGGAGGGGCUGUGGUACAGUUUGCUGUCAAAAACUGUACAUUCUGCAUUGCAGAGCAUCCACUAAUGUUCAGACUUAGAUUCACCCACAUGGUGAUGGCAGAGAGAAAAUCCCUUUUCCACUAGGACCAGAGACAGCUGGGACUGGCCCAAAGCAGCUUUUCCGCAACUGUUUUUGCUGACUCUCAUCUGGACUCGGAACGGCAGAUUUGCACGGUGGUCACACUUUGAACCAGGCACUGAAUUUUGGACAGAGUUCUUCUUCCCUUCCUCAGUAUCUGUGUACAGUACUACUUAUGUGUACAUAUAUACAUAGCUGAUCUAGAUUUGUGUAUAUAUUUUGCAUAUAAAUGUUCCGGGUAGAGAUGCCGGUCCUUUCCAGAGACUGAAAGGGUAUUUUGUGCAAUCAGUGUUAACUUGUACUGUAUCUUACCCCAGCUUUGUCUCUGUUUAUUCCCCAUAUGUUUUUCCCCAAUGCUGCUUAUUCACUCUUCUUUCCUAUCCAGCUUUUCCCCUUUUCUUAUUGCCACUGUCAUCCCUCUUUCUUCCGUUUCACCCUAGCCCUUCGACUCCGACACUUUGGAUUCCUCCUAGUAUUUUAUUUUAAUGUAGAGUACAUAGAGUACAUUGCGGGUUUGAGCUUAUUUUCUUUUCUUUGAUUUUUUUCUUUCUUCCCCCAACCAAUUCUUUUGCCAAAGUGGUAUUUCUCUUGUCUCUUUGCUGUUUCAGGGUGUUUUUUUUUGUAGCCGACCUCCCUGUUUCUCCCCACAAAACAUUACAUUAUAUUUCUGGAAGAAUUCUAAUGCUACUGGUGUCUGUUUUAUGUAUCUUGGCUCUUAAUGAUAGUUUGUGUGAUGUGUUCUGACAUCUUUUGCCUCCUUUUCUUUCUCUUUGUUUUUCUUUAACAUUCCCUAUUGUAUUUCAGAUUGGUGACAUUGUUGUUUCUUCCUCCUAGCAUUUUGUUUGCUGUAGAAUUUGUACAAGAAAGUGAUCACUGAGGAGUUUGCAAAACGCUCAGCCGGAAAGGUAGAAAGACUAUACCAGAAACUAGGCCCCUUGGUAGUUUGUUUGAAGCAAAGAAUGCUUGGUGCUUGAUCUGUGAAAACAGCAGAUGAAGAGGUACAAAUAUAUCAUUUCGUAUGAGAGCAUUGUACCCACCCACCCCCCAUAUUGCUCCUUGCAUGUAGAAGACUAGUUGCCAAGGGAAAGAAUUUUAACUCUCUUCCUCUGUUUUAGUUAGUCCUUUGUGUAAUGUGUUGAGUUUUCUGUCCCAGAAUAUCUUGUUCACAGUAAAGUGACCUGAGAAACUGAAGUGACAUGGGUCAUCCUCAGUUCUUCUACAGAGGAGGCUUUUCAUGUGGAGCGUUCCAAAGAAAACAGUUUCUUCUCUGUGUUACCAUUUUCCCCUCAAUGCACUCUCUAGCAUCUUGUCUGGAAAGAGUAAGCCACUUACUGGACUCAAAGGUGCAGUUCACAAGCUAGCCUGGAAAUAUUUUAUUUGCAGACUAGACUUCUGGAAUGUAGCUUAUUCAGACAUUAGGGAAAUCUUUGGGGUUUGGGGGUUGUUGGGGUUUUUUUAAUUAGUAAAGUUUCUUCAAUUAGUAAAGUUGCGUAAGAAGUUCAAAAAGCUAGUUCACAAACCAUGUACUAUUUUGUUUUUAACUGAGGGCUCUCUGCUGGACUCUAGUCUGAAGUCCUUGAAUUCUUGUGCCGAGGUGAGCAGUUCUUGUGUUAUACGUACAAUUUGUGGUGUGCUCCAUGGAGUCUUCUGGCUCAUUUCUGAUGUUGUAACUUGUGACUGUCCCAUUCCUGCUCUGAGAAAAAUUCAGGGACAAAGCUUUGUGGAACUGUGCCAUAAGAGACCAGGAACUGUUUAUGGAGCAGUUGAUUUGUUGGGUUUUCAAACAUACAAACCAAAGGGUGGAACUGUAUGUAAACUUGGGGCUGCUGGCUAAAUGGCAGCUAGGUAUCAAGAGCUCCCACCCUAUGCUUGCUAUAAAGCCUACCCUAUAUAUUGACAUCAAUGCUGUGAGUUUUUCUGUUCUAUCAGUAGUAGCUUGUGUUUGCAGACCAAGGCCAGUGAGAUGGACACAAGAAAACAUUGGGUUGAUGGCUACAUUUACCGCAUAUUACAGCAUAGGAGGGGUUGCUGCAAGCCUGCCAUUUUCAUUGGUAGCCCUUCUUUGUCAUAGUAUAUGGUUCCUCUCCCCAAAUGAACCCCCCUUACAGAGCUUAUCACCUAAAAUUGUAGUCUUUAAAGUAGAUAUGAGGACCCCUCUUCAUGAUGAUUUCAGGAGAGCCUGAGAAUUGCCUUAUUUGUUUAGAAUGGACGCUUAACUUUAGAAAGGACACCUGCAUCACUCAUGAAUGAAGGGAAAUGUUCAUUGUGUAAGAAAAGCUUUAAAACUUCCCGAUAAUUAUUUUUUAAAAACAAACGAACAGUACUUUAUAACAUUAAUGCUCUGUGGUUUUUCUGCAUUAAUGCUCUGUGGUUUUUCUGCCCCUGAACAGUCCGAAUCCCUGCAUACUGCUGCAGAUCAUAGAAGCUUCUACAAACGGAUCCACACAAUCUUACAAUUUUAUAGUAGGGAGACCUGUGGUUUUGCCGGUGUUGUCAGACUCCGUCUCCUAUCAGCCCCCAGCAGCAUGGCCAAGGCUAAGGAUGAAAGGAGCUUGAGUCCUACAAUAUCUACAGGGCCUCAAGUUCCCCAUUGUGGCCUACUGGGCUAUAGCAGUUUGAUGCACAAGGAUGAAUGUAGACAGGGCAGCAAAUAAUGUGGAUAAAUGUUGAGAACCUUGAGGAGAAACUAACCUCAUACGACUAAAAGAAGGCUCUCGUAUGUUCUCAUUUCAGUCUUUUAAAAAUAGCAUUUAGAAAGGGCUCAGAGUGCCCUGUUUGUGCUUUCUAUCCAUAAUCUUUAGGGAAGACCCCAUGUGCUGUUUAGCUUCAGGCCCUGGAAGCUGCUAGUUGUGUUCCUAGAUGUAGUGUAGAAGAUAUACAACAGGAAACGUGGUACAAGUUGAAUGCUACACCAGUCAUGAGCUUGGAGGUCCCCCCAUUUCUCAGGUCUGCUUUUAAGCUUUCUUUGCCCAUUCUCCCCUGCCACCACCCAUCGAUCCUUCUAAUGUAAGAGCGGGGGGGGAUGUGGCCCAUGGGUCAGAUACGGUCCUCAGAUCCCUCUUUUGUGGCCCUGAAGCCCCACGCCAUUCUCUCCAAGACUUGGGAGAGCCCACAACUAUUAUUUUUAAAACAUGGGGGUGAUUUUCCUUCAAAUAUUGUACUAUAUGUAACUAGCACAAGACUAGAAGUGAAUGUGGUGUCAUCGUUUUGGCUAGAAUACGGAUGAAAAAGCAAGGAAUUUCUGGGUGCUACAGAAGAUGUGUGGUGCAUGGAGUUUGGGGAGGGAAUUGGUCCCUGACAGCAUUGCCCACCCUGUUUGAACAAUUUACAUUUCCUUUAUGUGCCUCAACUUCUGUAGUUGGUCAUCUCCCCAAACAUCAGACCUUGAAAAGCAAAUAAAUUUAAGGGGUUAGUAGCCUUCCAAUUUUUCCCACUGGUGUGGAUGCUGAGUCUUGCAGAAAGCACACGGGUGGCAGGUUAGAAGGCAGGCUCUCUCAAAACAUGUCUUGGAUCAGAACGCAAGGCAAGGGUGCCCUCCUUCUCCCAAAGUUGCUUUUCUCUCUUCCCUGGUUUAACAAACAGGUUUCUCCCCUCCUCUGCCGUCUUGAUUCUGUUGACCUCAGCUCAGCUUACCAAGAUGUGUGUCUAUCAUGAAGAGAACAAAUCCUGCACUUUAAUACCACUGUGAAGGUUAAGACAGCUAGAAUGUAAAUACCAAAUGCUUUUAUUACAAGCUCUGUGGGUAGCAGAUUUCUUUGUUGUUGUCACUACUGCUGUUGUCGCCAUCGUUGUGAGAAUGUUUGCCAGAAUACUGGAAGUGAGAAAUGGGAGGAUGUCUCUGUUGUGUUUUCCUUGCCAGAAGAGGUUGCAGAAUGCCUCUUUUUUGCAGCCUGUUGGAUGUUUUCACCUCCCUUGACAUGAACAUCAUGCCAGCAUGAUGAGUCAGAAUUUCCUCUUUUGCUUUCAUACAAUAAACCAGCUUUCUCCACCUUGGUGUUUUCCAGGUGCAUUGGACUACAAGCCCCAUCCUUCUCAGACAACACACAUGCAUGCUUGCACACAUGGGAUUGUUGUUUUUUGCUGUUGAGUGAUUUCCUCUGAACACCAUCCAUCCAGUAGGAUCUAAGUUUUCCUUUUUCCUGGGAAAGGAUUUUAAAACUUAUGUAAGUCUAGGGACAAAUAAUAUUUUGGAGUUUUUCCCAUCCCUGAGAAUGGGAAGUGACUCAGGAAUCACUGCUUGGGGUGUGUACCUGUAUCCCUCUUUAAUUCUGAUAAACAGUUUUUGCUACAUCUUAUGUCCUUUCCAAAACCCGCUUCACCUCUUUUGAUCAGGGGCAACAAUGAGGCACAUUAAUUUGGGAGGGGGGGUUGUAUUUGUGCAUACCUGUUUUGACAAGACACCGGCUUAUAUCAUGCUGAAUUCUUAAACCAUCCAAACAUGCUGAGUAUCCUUGCUCAUCAUGUAACUAAAUCCUGUGACUGCCGGGCAGACUUUAGAAAAUGUACACCCCUGUGCAUCGUGAGUAUCGUAGUGAUACUUGAUCCAAACUGUUUACCAUCCAUCCAGAUAACACUGUGCAUGCAUCCUUAUCCAGUUUGUAAUUACAGUUCAAACCGUUGUGAGAACUGUCCUUUUCUCUCUUCAGUGGUUGGGGACACAAAGUCUGUUCCGUUUCCUUAAGGCAGGUUACUUCCAUCAUCUUACACAUAUGUGGUACCUUAAUGGUUCAGAAAAAAUUCUGUGAGGAAGCUGUAAGCCAUUUUCAGAGGCCCUUGGGUCUGGUGCUGGGCAGAAGUGAUCCAGAUUGCUUACUAAGAAUUGUCCACAAGCUGAAUGAUCUACAAGAUAAAGCCAGUGCAGACUGUGAAAUGUGUAUGACUGUGGUGUUUCCCUGUGCAACACAGUACUUAUCAUCUCAUCUCCAUAAGUCUGUCUCAGAAGAUUAUUUUCCUAUAAUGGAGGAAGGUAUCAUUAUAUAAUAAGUAGUUCCUCCAACUUGUUGUGGUUGACAGGAUCAUAUGCUGGUCAUACUUGUAAACAGAUUAGCUAUGACUUCGAGUCCCUUCUAGUUCCAGUCCUGCCUAUCCCUGUUUGGAAAGACGUGAGCAGAACCCUAUUAAUUUCCUGUGCCCCCUCUUCUCAGUCUCUAAUCAUUCCUUAUCCUACUUUUAAUUUACCUUCCUUCCUCUCCCCCUUUCAUCUAUGAGGCUUGCUCUCUCUCUUAUCCACACCCAAACUGUGGGAUUAAUUGCAAUUCACUUGCUGGCACAUCAGCUCACAGAUUUUUUCUUUUCUUUUCUUGAAACCAAGUGAACAAUUGUUGGCACCUUUGAUCCCACCAAAGUUUGCAUGGAGCUAGAGGUGAGCUUGCCUUAGUUCCCUGCCUAGAGGGAAGCAUUGCAGGACAUGGCUUUUGCAUCAACUUAGCCUUGGUGCAGAAUCCACAUCCUCAGGUUGACAAUGAAGUGCCAGAGUUUUGAACGUCUUGAGUGAACAUGAGUAACUUCCAGGGGAAAUCUGUAAAAAGGGUUGAAGAACAAUCAGGAUACUUGGUUUAUUUUAAUCAGGAAUCUGAGUCUCCCAAAGCCAUAUACCAGUUAUAUUUCAAUCGGAAAUGAAUUCUUACUCAAAUCAGUCAUCAUUUUUAGUGAUAAAGCAGGCUGCUAUAUAGCCAAUCCAGAUUUUAGAGCCAUUUAACUGAAUGUGUGCAAUUAUUGUGGGAUUCCCUUUAUUACCCUUUUUAUACCUUUGGAUGCUAGCGCAGGAGGUCUUACAAGCAGCUGUCCUAGGUUUGUAGCUAAUUGGUUUCCAGCAUUUGCAUUAACAACUGUUCUGUGUAGUUGAAGCGCACAUUUUCAAAUGUAGUGCCGUUAAAGUGCAUUUGAAUUAUUAAUUCUUACCCCCAGACUUUCAAUGUGAAAUGGUUUUUGGAUUUAUGAAUAUUUAAAGGAAUAUUUAGUGUAUAUGCACAUAUACACUCACAUUACUAGAGGGGGAGAACAAAUCUAACCGUUUGGUACCCAAGUUAGCCUUGUUAAGAUCUAAUUCCAAUGCUUGUGAUUAAAUGUUACUUUGGAAAAUCAAGGUCAUUUUCAAACUUCAUAUUGAGAAGUUCCACUUGCAUUGGACUUUUUCAUAUUUAAAAAUGAUAAUGAAGUUCAGCUGUCUCCAAAUGAAUGACACAUUUAAACGGUAGCACUAACAUUUAUAUCAGAGACCACAAUCCUUUUUGUGGCAGAAGGCUCUUAAAGGCAAGCACUUUAGAUAGGCCUUUGGAAACUCUUUCUCUCCCUUUCUGGCAACUUAAGUAGUCAUUUGAUUGUAAGUAGUAUCAAACUAUGUAGGUAGUUUGAUCAUGUUUGAGGUAAUCCCUGUUAUCAGCCCUUGUGACCAUGAUAACUGAAAUGUUACUUUUUUUGGACUAUAACUCCCAAAAUCCAUUUGGAGCUAUCCUGGGUAUUGUUGGGUGAAAAAAGUAGCUUUCCCAGGCUCUGACCAUAAACCUGCACCACGUGGUCCCACUAGAAAUACUGUGUGUUUUGCAGACAUGGGGAAGCUCAUUUUGAUAACAUCAAGUUCCCAAGGCUACUUGUGGUUUGUUCUGUUGCACAUAAACUACUUGUGUGAAUUCUUUGGAAGCAUCUCUUGUGUGUCCGAAUGCAACUGGAAUCAAAGGAAUCUUAUCUUCCAUCACCUUCUCCUCUUUAUUAGAGAUGCAGGCUAACAAGAUGGAAGCCAGGAUGAGGACAGUUGACAUUACCUUCAUUCUGCACUCUUUCUGAGACAGACUGUUUCUGUCCUGGAAACCUUAAAAGUACUGUGAUGAUACCAGCCAAAAGAUGUGUCUAAAUAAGGAGGAGGAAAUGUCUGAGCCACUGGCAAUGUGUGGUCCUUGAAGCCCUCCAGAAACCUCUCAAAGCCCAUAGAUGCCCCCCAUUUGGAAAUGUCUUACUGGUUUUGGGGGACUUUUCACCCAAAAACCAGCCAUAGACAUGCAAACAUAUCUGCAGGUGCAGCUGCUUGCUUUCUGCAACCACUGGAGAGAGAGAAAAGGCCCCAAAUCAGACAGAAUGACAGCCAAAAGUGGAAUUAUGUAGACAAUCUAAAAUGUAUUGGAGGGAUUGCUUGUAGGAGGUUCGGGGAUGGAUUCCCUGUCAAAUACCCCUUGGCCUUUCUUUUUAUUGGCACUUUCUCGUUUUUAUCUGUGACUUGGAAUGUAGUUGGUUCACAUUACUGCCAUACUUCAAGAGAGGAAAUAUGGCUCCUGAUGAAACUGGCCCCAGAAUAGGCUACAAAUGGGCUUAUUUUCAAAGUGGCCAAAACCAGGCAGAGUUUCUGAAUAUCUGUGUCCCAGGAGGGAGAUCCGCUCAACUCCUAUUUUGCACUGGCUCUGUUGGGAUUUGAACAUGCAUGCCUCUUUGCUAGUGUUGAUGACUUAUAGUGUUUUUUCCCCUCUUUUUCAGUGAAUAAUUUUCUUUUGAUAAAAGAAUUGCUUCUUUGAAAAAACAACAGAAAUUCCUUUAUUUGUAUAAGGAACCUGGUUGUAUUUUAAUAAAGAAAAUGAAAUCAA